ACGUUGUCUUUUUGUAGUUAAACCAAUUUAAAUAAAAAAUAAUAAUUGACUGAAAUUUGAAACCCUUCGUUAAAACCCUCACGCCGCCAAACCUCGCCGCCGGCACUCCCACCUCCGACAAAGCCAUGAACUACCGCUUCCAAAACCUACUCGGCGCGCCCUACAGAGGCGGAAACGCAGUCAUAACCCAAAACACUCAGCUCAUCUCCCCCGUCGGCAACCGCGUCUCCGUCACCGACCUCAGCAAGCACCACUCCAUCACUCUCCCCGUCAACACCUCCUCCAACAUCUGCCGCCUCGCCGCCUCUCCCGACGGCACUUUCCUGAUCGCCGUCGACGAAAACAACCGGUGCCUCUUCAUCAACGUCCCUCGCCGCGCGGUGCUUCACAGGAUGAGGUUCGACGGCAAAGUCGGCGCCUUGAAGUUCAGCCCCGACGGUAAGUUCUUCGCCGUGGGGGUAGGGAAGCUGGUUGAGAUUUGGGAGUCGCCUGGGUUCAGCCGAGCGGCUUUUGCGUUUAAGAGGGUGAGGACUUUUGCUAAUUCUGAUGAUAAAGUUGUCUCCUUGGAGUGGAGUGUGGAUUCUGAGUACUUGCUCGUUGGUGCUAAGGACUUAGCGGCUAGGUUGUUUUGCGUUAGGAAGUUAAAAGGUGUGUUGAAUAAGCCUUAUUUGUUUCUUGGGCAUAGAGACUCUGUCGUGGGUUGUUUCUUUGGUGUUGAUAAAGUGAGUAACAAAGUCAACAGGGCUUUCACUAUUGCACGUGAUGGUUAUAUGUUUAGUUGGGGAUAUAGUGGGAAGGAUGAUGAAUCAGAAGAUGAGCCAAUGUCUCCUGAUACUCCGGAGAGGGCAGAUGAGGUUAUGGUGGAAAAUAAGAAACGAAAAGAGUAUGAUGGCAGAGGUUGUGAAUCAGAGGAUGAAGGAGAGGAGUAUAUGCAUAGAGGGAAAUGGAGUUUGUUGAGGAAAGAUGGGUUUAACCAAGGAUCAGCGAAGGUGACAGCUUGUGACUAUCACCAGGGUCUAGACAUGGUUGUGGUGGGGUUCUCAAACGGUGUUUUCGGGCUUUACCAGAUGCCGGAUUUCAUCUGUAUUCAUCUGCUUUCCAUUUCUAGGGAGAAGCUGACAACAGCUGUGUUUAAUGGGCGUGGUAACUGGCUGACCUUUGGUUGCGCUAAGCUUGGGCAACUCUUGGUCUGGGAGUGGAGAUCUGAAAGCUAUAUACUGAAGCAGCAAGGACAUUAUUUUGAUGUAAACUGCGUCACUUACUCGUCUGAUUCUCAGUUCUUGGCAACUGGUGCUGAUGAUAACAAAGUCAAGGUGUGGAACGUUGCAUCAGGAGCAUGUUUCAUCACCUUCACGGAGCACACCAAUGCAGUUACUGCUCUUCAUUUUAUGGCUGACAAUCACUCCCUCUUAAGUGCAUCUCUGGAUGGUACUGUUCGUGCUUGGGAUUUUCGAAGAUACAAGAACUACAAAACGUAUACGACCCCUACACCCCGGCAGUUUGUGUCCUUAACAGCAGAUCCUAGUGGUGACGUCGUCUGUGCUGGGACACUAGACUCAUUUGAGAUUUUUGUCUGGUCCAAGAAGACUGGGCAAAUAAAGGACAUCCUAAAUGGGCAUGAGGCUCCGGUUCAUGGGUUAAUGUUUUCUCCCUUAACGCAAAUUUUAGCUUCAUCCUCAUGGGACAAUACGGUUCGUCUAUGGAAUGUGUUUGCUAGCAAAGGCACAGUGGAAACGUUUCAACACAACCACGAUGUUCUAACAGUUACCUUCCGUCCUGAUGGCAAGCAGUUAGCCUCUUGUACGUUAGAUGGGCAGAUCCAUUUCUGGGACACUGUUGACGGCGUGUUGAUGUACACCAUAGAGGGGCGGAGAGAUAUCGCUGGAGGUCGCAGCAUGACUGACCGUCGGUCUGCAGCUAAUUCAAGCUCUGGAAAGUGCUUUACAACGUUGUGCUAUUCCGCUGAUGGAAGCUAUAUUCUAGCCGCUGGAAAUAGCAGAUAUAUUUGCAUGUAUGACAUCUCGGAUCAGGUUCUGUUGCGUCGUUUUCAAAUAUCACAUAAUCUCUCGUUAGAUGGGGUUCUUGACUUCCUGAGCUCCAAGAAGAUGACAGAAGCAGGACCAAUGGAUCUGAUUGAUGAUGACAACAGCGAUGAAGAAGAUGGCAUUGAUAAGCAGUCUCGGGGAAAUUUGGGAUAUGAUCUGCCUGGAUCCAAGCCUAACCGAGGCAGGCCCAUUAUCCGGACAAAAGGCCUCAGCAUAGCCCCAACUGGGAGGAGCUUUGCAGCUGCAACAACCGAAGGAGUUUUGAUCUUUUCAAUCGACGAGUCCUUCAUCUUUGAUCCAACCGAUCUUGACAUAGACGUGACACCAGAGGCGGUUGAGGAUGCCAUAAAGGAGGAAGAAGUGAGCAGAGCACUUGCUCUUAGCAUGCGUUUGAACGAAGACAGCCUCAUAAAGAAAUGCAUCUUCGCUGUAUCUCCUCCAGACAUAAAAGCUGUUGCCAUGUCUGUCCCUCAGAAAUACUUGGAAAGGCUUAUGGAAGCUCUGGUGGAUCUGCUUGAGAACUGCCCUCAUCUUGAGUUCUUACUUCACUGGUGUCAGGAAAUCUGCAAGGUACACGGAAGCUCCAUUCAGAGAAACUACAGAACUCUACUUCCUGCAUUGAGGUCGCUGCAGAAGGCGAUCACCAGAGCGCACCAGGAUCUUGCAGAUAUGUGUUCUUCCAACGAGUACACCCUUCGCUACUUGUGUUCUGUUCCUAACAGUCAUUGAUUAUGUUUUCUGCACAUCUCUGAACUAAACUGUCCUAGAAAUUUUCAUCUUCCUUUUGAAGGAAACUUUUUUGAUAUUAA